ACUACGUUAAGGGCACUUUUUUUUCUUUUUACACAAAUAUAACUAGCAGUCACCUCGAGUGAAAUGCUCUUUACGUUUUUGUUUUUCAUUCCUCUUUUCAGGAAGUUGUUUUUACUCAGUUUAUCUAUGUAGGGCUUUCUUCAAUAUUUCAUUAUUUUAAACUUGUGCUUUGCCUGUUUUGCUUGCUGAUGGAAUGGUUUUCUGAAAAUGUUUAAAAAUUGCAAAAAUUAAGGGUUGUAGGAAUUGAGUUCAGUAUGUUGUAGGUAUUGUUUUGGCAGUUUAACUUGAUUUUGUUUUCUUUGGUGGGAUUCCAGUGUGCACUAUGGAGUAUCUUAGGACAUUUUACUUAAUUUUAAACUGAUCUGUUAGAAAUUUCUGUUAUUGGACUGCAGGAUUUAGAAUUGUAAGGAACCCUAAUGAUAUUUGAAUCCAACUCAAUGAUUUUACUUAAGAGACAAUGGAGGCUCAGAGAAAUUAAAUAACCUAUCUACAGGAUGUAAGUAAAUAGACCUGCCCUUUUAAUAUUUUUAGUAACUAUUGCUAUUAGAAAUGCUGAACAAGUUUACACAGUUUACAGAUGGCAUAUAUUUUUAAAUGACUUCACAACCCCUGCUGUGGAGAAAUAAUGUAGAAGAAGCCAGAAGAUUCCAUGUAAAUGGAGUCCAUGUUAACAAGAAGAUCCUAGAACAAAAAAACAAAAACAUUACAUUCUGCUCACAAAGUAGCCUUUUGGAGAUACUACAGUUAAAAAAAAGAACCGGCACUGGCACGGGUCAGCACACGAUCCCCUACCGAGGCAUGGAGAGGCCGGCGCCCUUGGCCGUGUUGCCCUUCUCGGACCCGGCACACGCCCUGAGUCUGCUCCGGGGGCUGAGCCAGCUGCGCGCUGAGCGCAAGUUCCUGGACGUGACCCUGGAGGCGGCGGGCGGGCGCGACUUCCCCGCGCACCGGGCAGUGUUGGCGGCGGCCAGCCCUUACUUCCGCGCCAUGUUCGCGGGCCAACUUCGGGAGAGCCGAGCCGAACGGGUGCGGCUGCACGGCGUGCCGCCCGACAUGCUGCAGCUGCUGCUGGACUAUAGUUAUACGGGUCGGGUGGCUGUGAGUGGGGACAACGCCGAGCCCCUGCUGCGCGCCGCCGACCUGCUGCAGUUCCCGGCCGUGAAGGAGGCGUGCGGGGCCUUCCUGCAGCAGCAGCUCGACCUGGCCAACUGCCUGGACAUGCAGGACUUCGCUGAGGCCUUCAGCUGCGCGGGGUUGGCAAGCGCAGCGCAGCGCUUUAUCCUACGCCACGUGGGCGAGCUGGGUGCGGAGCAGCUGGAGCGCCUGCCCUUGGCCCGCCUGCUGCGUUACCUGCGCGACGACGGACUCUGCGUGCCCAAGGAGGAGGCCGCCUACCAGCUGGCGCUGCGCUGGGUGCGGGCCGACUUGCCCCGCCGCGCCGCGCACUGGCCGCAGUUGCUGGAGGCGGUGCGUUUGCCCUUCGUCCGCCGCUUCUACCUGCUGGCGCACGUGGAGGCCGAGCCUCUAGUGGCGCGCUGCCCGCCCUGCCUGCGCCUGCUGCGGGAGGCCCGCGACUUCCAGGCGGCGCGCUACGACCGUCAUGACCGCGGGCCCUGCCCCCGUAUGCGCCCCCGCCCCUCCACAGGCCUGGCCGAGAUCCUCGUGCUUGUGGGCGGCUGUGACCAGGACUGUGAUGAACUGGUCACCGUGGACUGUUACAAUCCGCAGACGGGCCAGUGGCGCUACCUGGCCGAGUUUCCCGAUCACCUGGGCGGGGGCUACAGCAUCGUGGCUCUGGGCAACGACAUCUACGUCACGGGAGGCUCCGACGGCUCCCGCCUCUACGACUGCGUCUGGAGGUACAACUCGAGCGUGAACGAGUGGACGGAGGUGUCGCCCAUGCUGAGGGCCCGCGAGUACCACAGCUCGUCGGUGCUGGACGGGCUGCUCUACGUCGUGGCCUCGGACAGCACGGAGCGCUACGACCACACGGCGGACGCCUGGGAGGCGCUGCGGCCCAUGCCCUACCCCAUGGACAACUGCUCCACCACGGCCUGCCGUGGCCGCCUCUUCGCCAUCGGCUCGCUGGCCGGCAAGGACACCAUGGUGAUCCAGUGCUACGACCCGGACAGCGACCUGUGGUCCCUGGUCAGCUGCGGCCAGCUGCCGCCCUGGUCCUUUGCGCCCAAGACCGUCACCCUCAACGGGCUCAUGUACUUCGUCAGAGACGACUCUGCUGAAGUCGACGUGUACAACCCUGUAAAGAAUGAGUGGGACAAGAUCCCUUCUAUGAACCAGGUUCACGUGGGGGGUAGCCUGGCAGUGCUGGGCGGGAAACUCUACGUGUCCGGCGGCUACGACAACACCUUUGAGCUCUCGGACGUGGUGGAGGCCUUUGACCCAGAGACUCGGGCGUGGAGCGUGGUGGGGCGCCUCCCGGAGCCCACCUUUUGGCACGGCAGCGUCAGCAUCUUCCGCCAGUUCAUGCCCCAGACCACGUCCGACGGGCAUGGCUUCGACCUGGAUGCCAAUGACUGGAACUUGAGCCGGGCUCGGCCGCGGCCGCAGGACGUGAACCUGAAUGCGCUGCGCUAGUCUUGGCCCGGCCCCUCGGGACGCAGCUUGGCACAUGGGGGGGUGGGGGGCACCCCAGGACUUGCAGGUGCAGAGCCGCUGCUGGGGCCAAGAGGGAGGCUCCUCCUGCCUCCGUCUCGUUCUAGGGGUGCCCGUGGGAUGUGGGGCUCGCCCCGAAAGACCUUCCCCUCCUCGGGGAAAUGAGUGGCUCUCUCAGUCACUUCAGGGCGCCGUCCUCAGAGUGGCCAGACACCGGCCUGGCGCGGGGGCACGAGGCGGGGGCCGUGUGGGCGAUGGCGUCUUGUCGAGACGAGGCACGGCUCCGGCGUUCAGAAGGGAGGGUGACCUCCCUGUCGUGUCAGGGCCCGACCCUGGCCUCGGCCUGCCGGACUCUGGUGGCAGAGAAGGUCUCCACGGCCUUGUUUGUAAAGUGCUGCCCUCGCUCCGGAGGGGGUGAGGACUUCUGGAGGGCCCCCCACCCCGGGAGAGCGAAGCCAGGGGGCCAAGCUGCCUGAUGUGGGUGACCCAGAGCGAACCCCCUCACUUCCUCAGGUGCCUCCUUUGUCAAAUGUGUCUUGGCCGGGAUCCCCAGUAGGUGAACCCCAAAAGGGCCUCGGACAAGGCCGAUAGCUUUGUAUCGAUGCGUUUCUUUUUUCCUUCUAAGAGAGCCCUGUUGGCUCUGCUGUAGUUUGAGCAGGAAGCUGGGGGAGGGGGUGGCCCUCAGAAGACCCGGGUUCCAGUCCUACCUCAGACACCCGCUGGCAGUGGGCAGGUGUCUGCGCCCGGGGCAGUCUGCACGGAGAGAGGAAGCUUUCCUGCAGGGACUUGUGAGGAAAUCCAGUCUGGGAUUGGUUUUUAUCACAUUUUACAUUUCUAACCUCAUCUUAAAUGAGAGUUUUGCCUUCUUGAUCAGGACCGGGACUCCCCCUCACAGGGAAUAGUAGGCAGACAGACAAUCAGCCCUUGGGAUUAAAAGCAUUUUUUUAGGUGUCGAGUCUUGCUCAGCUCCCUCCAGGGUUCAAACAGUUAAGCAGCUCGUUCAGAGGAGGGGGGCGAUACGCUGUGUGGUUGGCUGGCACCCUUCUGGGCACGGCGCCCGCAGGCUCGAGAGAAAAGACUCCCAGUGUGAGAGGGAUUUCCUAGGAGAGAAAGUGGCAUUCAGAGGAGGCGAGGGGAGGUGGGGGUGCCAGGCCCCCCCCGUGCCCCGGCCCCUUCCCUUAGCAGCACCCUCCCCGGCGGACACUGCUGGUCCAGGCCCGGCGUUGGCGUAUGUCUGUGUGUCUCGGCACUAAACUGAAUUUGCCUUAUAGGACGGGAAAGAGAAUUCUCUGACGAAUACUGAAUGUCAAAGUCUAUACAAAGUGCUCUAGAUUUGUACGGAUCCCCCCGACGGGCUUAUCGGGCUCGCUCCUGGGUGACCCGCCAGAACCAAAGCGGGAAGGGCUUCGUGUAUUUAUUUUGUUUACCGGAUUCGUGUCCUGCGUCGUGGGUAGGUCCCCAGCGGCCAUCCCGUACUUUUUUGAAAUAAAAGUCAUUUCCUAUCGA